AUGUCUUUACAUCUAGUUGUUUUACACCAUGGACUGUGGGGAAACCCCAACCAUAUGGAUCCCAUUAUUAAUGCUAUUAGGAAACACUCUUCCAGUACAGAUGUUUUGCCUGGGAAUGCCAUCAACAGUCCUAAAUCAAAGGAGCCAGAAGCAUUGUCCAAGCCUUCUGAAGUUGCCGAGUCGGAUCCAUUGAAAGCCUCCGACUUGGUAUUUCUCAAUAUCGACUCUUCAGUUGGCAUGUAUACUUACGAUGGUAUCGAUGUUUGUGGUGACCGAGGCCUUGUUAGUGUCAUGGCUGUUUUAGAGCAGCAUGAAGGGAGAAUUGACCGAAUAUCAUUCAUUGGAUACUCUCUUGGAGGCCUUAUCAAUCGAUACAUGAUUGGCAAGCUAUACUCUACAAAGAUAUUUGAUAAAGUGCGUCCUGUCAACUUUAUUACUCUUGCAACUCCACAUUUGGGAACUAGCCAUCCUCAAUCGUCUAUUAUGGGACGAGGGUUUAAUUAUUUCCAGCAGGUCGUCCUUGUGCGUGUUGGUCAACAGCUUAGCCUUGCGGAUAAAUUUCUAAACGGCAUUCCAUUGCUACUACUCUUGUCAGAUCCCAGUUUAUGUUUUUUCAAGGCAUUGGCCUUGUUUCAAAAACGAUCUGUAUUUUCAAACAUCAGGAACGAUCUCACAGUUAGAUACACCACUGCUGCGAUUGCCUCGAGCAAUCCCUUUAGAAGGUUCAAGCCCAUCAAAGUAGACCCAAAACAAUACCCUGCCAUCGUGCAGCCAUCAGAAACUGAUCCUCCGGAAAAGGAAACUUGGAAAUGGAGCGAGAUCCGCAUCUUGAGCGUUUUUGUUGUUCUAUCUCCUAUUAUUGUUCCAAUUUGGUUGAUUAUUCUUUCCAUCUCGCUUUCUGUGUUGUCCAUCAAGGCACGGAUUCGUAAAAAACACUUUGUGGAAGAUGUGCAAUGGAUAUCAUCCGAGCAUGAUUCAACUCAGUCAUCAGAAGCUAUAGAACUGCAGCAUGCAUGCAGUGAAGCAGACAAGGCUCAGCCAAACUCCGAGUUGCUUUCAACGCACACUGCACAUGAGCUUGCUGAGCUCUCUUUAAAAAAGAAACGCGAGUGGAUGGUGCACACGCUCAACACUCUUGUUUGGGAAAAGGUUAAUGUCUGCAUUUAUUUCAACAAUGCUCAUGCAGCAAUUGUUAUGAGACGAGGUGGAGUGCAUAACGAACAUAUUUUAAUUUAUUUGGCAAAACAAGUAUUUGUAACCAAAUAA